CCAACAAAACAGGUGCUAAGUGUGUGCAUGUUGUCACUUCUGUCAACAUUUUCCACAUUUUGGAGAUAUUCACAACCUAAUUUUAAAGAAGAUAAUUAGUCAUGUCUUGGAGUAGCCAUUGCUAAGCUGUAGUGAAAUGCUGAAAGAGAAUCACAAAGAGAAAUCUGCCAAUUCAAGAAGGAGAGCAGCUGAAGUGAUAUUGGAAAAACUCCCACCUGUGAAGGACCGCUCAAGAGCUUUGCAUCACCCUUUGAAACAUCCGACCAGCCUUCGAGAGCAACCUUUUGAGGAUCAUAGACCAAGGGAAAGGACUGCCAUGAAUGAAUGGCAGCAACAGUAUUCCCAAGAGACAUUUCCUCAAUCCAAAUAUUCCUCCCAAAGCAGAACACAUAACUCAGCAAGGACAAAGUAUGUUUACCCUGAAGAACCAGGUGAUAUUGUGUCUGGGGGAAAAGCAGAUGGAGUGGACAAGGCAUUUUCACUGAAGCCUGUUUACCAUAAAAGAACUCUAAUCAUAGAUAGGUUGAGUAAUGACGAGGUAGCUUGUAAACCUAAUGAGUUUCAAAGACUCCCUCCGUAUUUUCCCUCACCACCACAUGAUCAUUCAGAGUAUGAUAGAAGAAGUGGCAUAAUAAGCCAUAGAAGGCCGGCUGAGGAUCCUUCACCAUCAUUGGAAGAGAACACAAACAGCAGAAGGGUUGCUGGGUACAAACGAUCAAAGGGAGAGCAGCAGAGGCUGGAUUAUGAGCGGAGGAUGGCAAGGAAAAUUGAAAUGGAUAAACUAAUACUUCAGGAGAAGCUGUUGAAAACUCAGGAAAAAGUGAGAGAAAUGCAGCAGAGGGAGAGAACUGUCUCAGGUGAUAACACUAAGAGGGCAGAGAGGCAUAUUAGGAGACCAGUGGAAAGAGAAAAGGAGUGGAUCGAGAGCAAGGUGUCCUCAGCUGAGCAGAGAAGGGAAAAGGAGAGAGUUCACGAGAUGGAAAGGAGGGAGAGGUUGAUGAUGAGGGAUAAAAGCCGGGAGGAUAUUGAGUGGCAGAGAGAGAAAAGAGAAGAGUUAAAUAGGGAGAGAAGAGAGAAGAAGAGGGCACUUGCAGAAGAGUGGGAGAGGUUGGAAAGAAUGGAAAGGGAAAUUGUGAACAAGCCAGAGGUGAGUAGAGACAGGAGGGCUGAGAAGGACCUAGAGCAACAGAGGGAGAAAAAUGGAGAGUGGAGCAGGAGGGCUAGAGAAAGGGAGAAUGAAAAGGAUACAAAUUGGGAGAGGGAGAAAAUAUUUGAGAGGAAUAGGUGGGAGAGGGAGAAAGUGAAAGAGAGAGAACGAAAUGGGGAGAAGGUUGAGAAGAAAAGAGACUGGGAGAGGGAGUAUAAGUGGGAAAGGUCUUCUAGAGAGAGGUAUGUUUCAGCUGAUGAUAAGAGGAAGGAGCGUGACAUAUUUCAUAGAGGGCUGGAUCAGGAGGGACAGCUUAAAACUGCACAUAGAUCAGUGCCAGGGAGCCGCAGUAGCAUCAAUUGUAGAAAAAUAUCUCGAGAAGCUUCCCACACAUCACCCUCGGUUCACCGCCAGUCAAGUCGGCUACUGCAAGUGGAACUCAGCCCAGUGGAGAGUGCUGACAAUGCUUGCCUCCAGCUCAUCCCUUGCAGGAUUUGCCACAGAAAAUUUGCUGCAGAGAGACUAGAGAAGCACCUUCAGGUCUGUGAGAGGAUGCAGCGCUCCAGACGCAAAGUCUUUGACUCCUCCAAGUACAGGGCCAAGGGAACUGACCUGGAAGAGUUCAUGAAAACCAACUCAAGAACCAAGUCUCCUGAGCUAAAGAAGAGCAACUGGAGGCAGAAACACGAGGCAUUCAUUCGUAAUCUGCGCCAAGCCCAUGUUCCAGCAACAGGUGCUUUGCAUCCCCAACCACCUAUCCAAGACAAUGAUGAUUAUGUGACCUGCCCUCACUGUGCCCGCCGAUUUGCCCCUGGGCCAGCAGAGCGACAUAUCCCCAAGUGCCAGAACAUCAAGAGUCGCCCUCCACCUCCCCGCCACCGCCGCUGACAAAACCAACUCAUUUGCAAUGAUGUUUAUAAAAAAGCAUUCAAAACUACAUUUUACAUUUGAGUCAUUUAGCAGAAGCUCGACCUACAAUUAGUGCAUUCAUCUUAAAACAGCUAGAUGGGACAACCACAUAUCUCAGUUAAAAUAAGUACAUUUUUCCUAAAUAAAGUAGCUAUCAGCAAAGUCAGUGCUAGUAGGGGGGAAAAAGUCAAGAGCGAAUGUUAGUUCACAAAAGGCAAUUAUUUUGUAUAUAAAAAUUGUAAAAAAAUUUGGGGGGGGGGUGCUGUGGGAUUAUUUAAUACACUUUUGAAGAGGUAGGGUUUCAGAUGUUAAAACUAAAACCCUGAUGCAAUUUGUUACCUAAAAGCCUCUGCAUCAACUUACAUUCUUAUAGAGCAAAAUGUACAAGUAUGGCGUUGUGGUUUAGUAUGAGACUAUUUAGUUUAAAAUAACAUGUUUGUUCAAAAGAACAUUUUGAAUUGUAUAUUUUUUACACAUUCUUCACACUGCCUUUGAAGUGGGGGGGAACUAAACUAUUUAGAUGUCAUGUCUAAAUUGUAAAUACUGUAGCAAUACAGUAUCAGAUACUGCCGAACAAGAUUGACAGUCUGCAAAAGGGUUAAAAGAAAAUGAAAACCAACGAGAACAAUUGGUGGAUUUUGAAGCACAAUAAA